GUUUACUUGACGGACACAUCCACUGCCUGCCUGUCAGACUACACGCCAAGUUAGCGGUGUUACUUUGAAGCUCGCAAUUACAUUUGUGUCCACAGGGGGAUACACCUCACAUUUAAAAAAAAUAAACGCAAACUAAGACGUGAUUGAUUUAACUGCAUUUCUUUUUUAAGAGGCCGCCUAAAGCUAGUCUGGGGGUGGGGUGUCUGCAAAGUGUUGCGCCGAUUGGGGCGCUCGAUCAGGGGACGAGAGAUGGCGUGUUUGUUGGAGGCCCCUCUCCGCAUCAGUGUGCUGUCUGAGGUCACUGCCACGAGUCGCCAUUAUGUGGACCGACUGUUCGACCCAGACCCACAGAAAGUGCUGCAGGGAGUCAUUGACAUGAAGAAUGCAGUAAUUGGCAACAAUAAGCAGAAAGCCAAUUUGAUCGUCCUGGGAGCUGUGCCAAGGUUACUGUACCUUCUGCAACAGACCUCCUCCAGCCUGGAGCUAAGGACAGAGUGUGCGGUGGUGCUGGGCAGCCUGGCGAUGGGCACUGAGAACAAUAUCAAGUCCCUGGUUGACUGCCACAUCAUCCCCGCCCUUCUUCAAGGUCUCUUGUGUCCUGACCUGAUUUUCAUUGAGGCUUGUCUUCGAUGCCUCAGAACGGUUUUCAUCAGUCCCGUCACUCCAGUACAGCUGCUCUACACUGAUCCAACUGUGAUCCCCCAUUUAAUGUCGCUGCUGAGCCACUCACACAGGACGCAGGAGUACACCACGCAGAUCUUCUCCCACUGUUGUAAGACUCCAGAGCACCAGACAGUUCUGUUUAACCAUGGUGCCAUUCAGAACAUUGCCCCUUUGCUGAUAUCGCCCUCUUAUAAGGUGCGUAUGCAGGCAUUAAAAUGUUUCUCAGUGCUGGCCUAUGAGAACACUCAGGUGUCCUUGACGUUGGUGAAUGUGCUGGUGGACGGCGAGCUGUUGUCUCAGGUAUUUGUCCGAAUGAUGCAAAGGGAUCAGCCCAUUGAAAUGCAGCUAACGUCAGCCAAAUGUCUCACAUACAUGUGUCGAGCAGGUGCCAUCAGGACAGAUGACGGCUGCAUUGUCCUAAAGACGCUGCCUUGCCUGGUGCGCAUGUGCAGCAAAGAGCACCUACUGGAGGAGCGAGUGGAGGGAGCAGAGACGCUGGCCUUCCUCAUGGAGCCCGAUGUGGAGUUGCAGCGGAUCGCCAGUACCACCGACCACCUGGUAGCCAUGUUGGCCGACUACUUCAAGUACCCCAGCUCCGUGUCAGCCAUUGCCGACAUUAAGAGGUUGGACCACGACCUUAAGCAUGCACAUGAGCUGAGGCAAGCGGCUUUCAAACUGUACGCCUCAUUGGGUUCCAAUGACGAGGACAUCCGCAAGAAGAUCACAGAGACGGAGAACAUGAUGGACAGGAUAGUCAGCGGCCUGUCAGAGUCCAGCAUUAAAGUUCGCUUGGCAGCUGUCAGAUGUCUACAUAGUCUCUCGCGGUCGGUGCAGCAGCUGCGGACUAGCUUCCACGAUCACGCAGUGUGGAAACCCCUCAUGAAGCUGUUGCAAAACGCCCCUGAUGAAGUCUUGGUCAUGGCAUCUUCCACACUAUGCAACCUACUGCUGGAGUUCUCACCCAGUAAAGAGCCCAUCCUUGAAUCAGGUGUCGUAGAACUACUAUGCAGUCUGACCCAGAGCGAGAGUCCUGCACUUCGGGUCAACGGAAUCUGGGCCCUAAUGAACAUGGCGUUCCAGGCAGACCAGAAGGUGAGAGUGGAGAUUGUUCAGUGUUUGGGAACGGAGCAGCUCUUUCGCUUACUCUCUGAUCCUGAUGGUAAUGUGCUGAUGAAGACACUGGGUUUGCUGCGGAAUCUCCUGUCAACACGCCCUCACAUGGAUCAGAUCAUGAGUUCUCAUGGGAAGCAGAUCAUGCAGGCCGUCACGCUCAUCCUGGAGGCUGAGCAUAGCGCGGAGAUCAAAGAGCAGGCACUCUGCAUUCUCGCUAACAUCGCCGAUGGCAACACGGCCAAGGAGCUCAUCAUGACCAAUGACGACAUGCUGCAGAAAAUCAAAUACUACAUGGGUCACUCCAAUGUGAAACUGCAGCUUGCUGCCACCUUCUGCAUCACUAACCUCAUCUGGAACGAGGACGACGGUUCUCAGGAGCGCCAGGACAAGCUGAAGGAGUUAGGCUUCGUAGACAUGUUGCACAAACUCUCACAGGCCUGUGACGCCAACCUCAGCGACAGUGCCAAGACGGCCAUGCAGCAGUACCUGGCAUGACCACAGGGGGGAGUCACAAGCAUCACUCGGGGAGGACGCCUGCUGUUUUUGUUUGGUUUAAAGGCUGAAGCUUUUUGAGUUGCACAAAGACACCUUUCUUUUUUUUUCCCCCUUCGAAAGACACGAUUUACCAUGAUGGUUUGGAGACUAUUUUUUGUGAAGCUUGUAGCUUUUUGACGUGACAUUGUGCUUGUCAUGGACUGGAUGAUUUUCCUCUUGUUAUUUUUGCAUUUGUAAUUCAAGAGGGCACUUUCCUUCUUUUAUCUCCUCAAGACAAAGGACACCUUUAGAGGGAAAGGAAACAGAGACAGAGCUAUUUUGAAAUGUGGAUGUUUUCAUUCUUGUGUAUACUUACCUCGUAAAUAUAUAUAAAUAUGAGCAUAAAAAUAUCUAUUUUUGGAAUGUUAUUUUACUCCCCAAUUUUACCCUCUGUGUUGUUUUCAGUCAUGUUUAGAAAUCAAAAAAAGUCAUGUUUGUCUUCAGUCUGCCUAUUGAAGCAAUUGAUUCAUCACGCACUCGGCCCUGUAGCAUCCUCACUCCUUUUUUUUUUUCUCUUGUAUUUAUGUUAAACUUUCACAAACUUUUUGUGCAUAUCACAAGAAAAUUAUCCAAUGAGACUUGCCCCUCAUCAUCAGACAUCUGGAAACUGAAGUGCAGCAGCACACUAAGAGCAUUGGGUGUCAUACGUAUUCUCGAUCAUUUUUUCAAGUUCUUCUUCCUUCUCCGGAGUGUUCACAUUUCACACCUCAUCGAUGCUCUGAUGGGAUGAAUGUUCUCACUGAAAAUAUAUGCAGUCCCCACAAAGGAGCUAAUUUGUGCCGCUACUUUAUUCUCCCGAUACUGUCUGAAAUAAAUCAAUAUGUGAUGGAAGUGUACACUUUCAGCUUUUAUUUAAGAGUUUUAUUGAAGAUGUAGCAUUUACCAUUACCAACGUGUGACUGAUGUGAUUAGUGGGGUCACCAACAAACUGGGCAAUUGUGAGAGCCCUAUGUAAAUAAAGCUGUAUUUUUUU